AUGUCAAACCAAAAUAACAGCAACGAUGCAAACAAAGCUCAGGGCGAAAAAUAUCCUACCCUUCGUCUCCCAGGUGAAAUGAUGCAACAAUCCUUUGACAGGCUUGCUCGCGAAGCUCGGGAGUUGGGCGUACAUCCUGAUAUACAUGUUGCAAAUGCAGCACGUAACUCAGCAAGACGCUUUGAUGUUCCCAGUGAUCCUCAAGCAGAUGGUAGCACGAGUGGCCAUGCUAUUACCGUCAAUCCACAAGAUGGAAAUGGCACAAGUGGUGGUGGUCAGAACACCUCUUCCGCUCCGCAAGCAUCUAGUGGCUCUGGUGCUGGAACAUCCAGUGGUAAUGCAUCGCGUCAGUCAAACCCAGGAGCUCAACGUGAUUAA